UCGGAUGCUAACCCUUGCUUCAGCAGCUGGAUGUAAAGGACUGGAAGCGUGUCAGCUUGGACAAUUGGACUGAUUUGAGUGUUUGCGUUUGAUUUUUUUCACCCUGGAUCGGUGUGUAUACGUCAGAGCAAGCUUGUUUGAAAGGAAUUGUGUCAGUGGGUCUUCAGCACACAAACACUGCACGGUGGCUGGUGUGUGUUGGCAGCACUGAAUCAGCAGGAAAUAACUUGACCACAGGGAUUACAGGUUAUUGACUUUGACUGGAGUGUGUAUUUUCAUGCAGGCGAGCAAGAGACUGUGGGAAGGUCUUAGAAGAAACACAAAUGUAAUGUCACAGAACAACGAGAUGUGAGAAGGGGAUUCAGGACUGCCCCAAAAUGGGGAACAACGUCCAGAAGAAGAAGAAGGUCCAGACAGAGAAAAACUUCUCAGCGUCCCCGUACCCGAGCCCUAAACGGGAAAAACCUAAAGGCUUGAGGCUGUUUGGACUAAAAGACAAACUGAAAUCAGCUGGCCUGAAAGGUAAUGAGGACCAGAAGAGGUUGACCGUCCACUACACAACCUCUCAGCACUACCAGGAGAAUGUUUUCAUUGAGGGCAGCAGGCCACAGUACCUGGAGGACCUGCACACAGAGGCCCAGGAAGGCCUCAAGAUACUACAGCAGGAAGAACACAGAAAUGGAGUUAACUUCCCUGACAAUGAGAGCAUUGCUUCUACAGAUACUCUGCGUCUGGAGCAUGAUAUCAGCUCCAAGGACGGAGGUUUCUCUCUGGAAUCAAGAUCCACCGCAGGGAGCACUGAUACCACAGUAACCUCUGCUGUGUCGACAAGGCCUGUGCUCACCCGCCAAGGCUCUACAUUCAAGCCUCUGAACCCAGUAAAACGAUUAGAUAGGAGCCGGAAAAGAAGCAGGAGGACCACCAUCAUGGGUAUUCCAAACCAGGUCCAGAAAGAACUUGCAUUGCACAGAACCUCAACCUUCCAGCAGCUUGUUUCCACCCAAACCCUUGAUCAGGAUGGAGAGGACAGAAACAGCCAAUCAGGUGUGGUUAUUAUUCCUACGGUUGAUGGAGGGACCCCACUCACAAAUAAAGAGGGAGCAAGGGUGCAUCUUUCAGAUGUGUUUGAGCAGGAUGCAUCCAGAGAUGAACAGCUGCUGAGGAAGCACCUACGGGCAAUGAAUCAAGACGAGCAGCCCUUCAACCACCAGGGCUUUGGCUCUUAUCACGGUCCCACCUCAAAUUUGAGACCCAAGUCCCUUGCAGUACCUGGCAUGACCACUUCUUUCACCUUCUCUUCUUCAACAAUGCUAAGCUUCCUCCAGGAACCCCAGGGCCCAGUGAUGUCAAUUUCUCCUCAGGCCACCUACUUGUCUACAAUCAUACCUAAUGCGGUCUUACCAGCCUCGUUUGACGUCAUAGAGAUUGACCGCAGCAGCAGCCGGACGCGCGGCAGCGGUGUUAACCACAGCGGUAGCGUCCGCACUGUAAGCAAGAGCAGCCUGGCCUCCGGGGACUCAUCGGUCAGCCCUUUGCUGUCCAGAAGAUCAGAUGGUGAUGGUUCCCAAGCUGACGAUUUUCACAACAACUCCACACAAAUGCCCAUAUCAGAUUCAGGGUCAAACUGGAGCAAGUCCCAAUCUUCAAAGACCAUUAUUUCACACUCCUCUCCUGUAUCCUCUAAGGGCAGCACACGGAGCGCUAAGUCACAGAGAGUGGGCCUGAAUGGGCAGGACAGCCAGGGAGAGCACUCUGGUGGGGACAAUGACCUUGUCAGCCUCCAUAGCUCAGUGAGCAUGAGUAGCAGUAAAAGUGAAAACGUUUUUGCAGGUCAAGGAUGUGAGUCUGGUAUUUCAGAGUCAGUGGUAACUGGGGAGGAUGGGAAAACCAACCAAAAUUUCACUCGUAGUCUGUCUGUUAUGAAGACCAAGCAACCCCCAGCACCUCCAAGGAGAACAAACUCUCUGCAUAGUAAUAGGAUCAGGAGCAACUCCAGGGUUCUGGUAGAUUGCAAAGAUCUCAAUGAAUCGUUGUCUCUAAAGAUGGCAGAAAAUACUGUAGCAAAGGAUACAAUAACUUCAAUGGAUACCACUAAGAGCCCCAUUCCUAUAUCAAACUCUACUGGGUCCAUUUCCCUAAAUGCUUCCAACAGUCCCUUGAGCCCCACACAGGCCUCUUCCAAUGUAGCAGAAAAAGCACCAGAGCCCAAAUCAGAAUGCACCAACUCAUCCCCACAGAAAACUCCCUCUGAAGGAGGGAAAUUUGAACGUACUAUGUCCCCUUCCAGUGGUUACUCAAGUCAGAGCGGCACACCAACACUUUCCCCAAAAGGGAUCUCUCCAACCUCCCCUGAAAAGCCGAAAAAGACACCAGUCAAACCAGACAGAUCAGUGUCUCGGGCCUCAUCUUCAGCAGCUUCUCCUUCCUCCUCUCUUACCUCUCUUUCAUCUGGUACAUCUGAGUCUGUCAAUCUACAUACUUCCACAUGUAGCCCCAGUCCACAUCCACAGGGAUCUUCCCCUGAUGUUGCUGCUAAAGAGCUCACUCCAAAUAACAGUUCUUCAACUUUAGGGGUUGAAGUCAGACAGCUGUUAAAUAUCCCACAACCUCCCAAAGUCAAAGCACCAUGUCCUCCCCCUCCAGAGACAUGGGUCCACAACAGACGCUCCUUUGAGCUGCUGUGUGGUCCUUCUCCUACUAUCAGCAAAGGAACCCAGAUACCAGCAGAGACACAGGUGAGCUCAGUGAAGCAAGCAGGCACUCAGACUGAAGUCAGCAAUGAGAUGCAAGAAUUAGUUAAAAAACAAUCAACUGUAGACAUAUCUGUCUUAGAAGCAUCAGAGAGCACUGCCAAGCCAGAGACAUUGUUAGAAACAGCGUCUGACAUUGUUCACAAGGAGCUGGAGAAUCGGGACUAUCCAGACAUCCAGCAAGACGCAACAGAUGCAUGUGUUGACACUCAGACACAAGAACAGAGUAGUAGCCCUGUAGUCAAGCUUCCUGAGAGUCAGGAGACAACUCCAAAGAAAGAACCCCCUCCUGUCAUGACCAAACCUGUGACGGUACUGCACAGAGAAAUAUUAGCGUCAAAAGAGCCCUUGAUGAAUGGAGAACAGAGCCAAAUGAGUAGCAGUGCAAAAUCAGAAGUUGAUGAACCUGUUAAGAACACUACUAUCCAGUCACUGUAUGGGGUUCCAGCUUUAGUUGACAAGCGUGACAAUGAGACAGACGACAAAGAGGUCAAACCCAUGCAGACACUUACUGUAGAUGUCCCCAAAAUUAGUAAGAUCUCACCGCCACCUUCCCCUCCUCCAGCAUACCACCCGACACCUCCUCUGUCAAGAAAAACUCCGACUUCAUCAGUAUCUAUGGCACCAGAGGAUUUGGAGAAGGUAGAGGAAGAGAGCCAUGUCAUAGAGUCUUGCUGGCCACCCCCUCCUCCUCCUAUGGAAGGGGACUCUGUUUUCGAUGGAGGAGAGGAGGUUGAAUUUCCUCCACCUCCUCCGCCCUUUGUGGCAGAGACAGUGCCAAAAGGGAUGACAAAGCUGGAUCUCUCAAAGAGACACACAGAGGAGAUGGUAGAGACCGUUGAAGAUUCGAGUGAAGCCGGGGCCUCUGUACAUGAACAAACUCCAGAUGUGCUUCCUUCUGUUCCACAAGCAUUCACUGACAUCAAACCGGAGGUUGGCGUACAGGUUUCAAAAGACAGCACCUGUGAUGAGAUUUCUUGCAGACAAGAGCAGAAUAUUUUGCCUGUUUCAGACAAAGCCCAACCAGUUCCACCAGUGGAUGUACCUAUUUUGGAGCCUAUCACAACAGUAGAGAACACAGCACCGGUCUCUGCUUUGAUGUCUUCAAGCAGUUCUCAGAAUCGACUCUCUCUGAAAAUUGAAAAUCAGUCUCCCUCCGAGCCUCCAGUCAGUACCCAACCUCCAGUUACUAUCCCAGUAGCACCUCCUCUACCAGCAGAGAAUUUAACUCAUGGUGUUAAUUUCAGGAGGCAGCCCAGCGUGGCAAAUCGAGACACCAGGAGCAAAGAGCUUCUUUCUCGCCACAAAAGUGCACCCAUUCCCAAAGAGGAUGCGAACAUACCUCUGGUCACUCCCUCCCUGCUUCAGAUGGUUCGUCUCAGAUCAGUCAACAUGACUGAUGAUCUGGUGAAAGCUCCAACAGAGGACAAGUCAACAAACCAGGGAGUCCCAGCUCUUGAAAAUAGCACAGAUUUAACCCCAGGACCUCAAAACAUUCCACAAAAGCCAAUCCGCAAGUCUCUGUCACUGAAAUCUCCCCCUAAGACGGCUCAGACGUCUCCUGUGGCACUUAGCACCCCUUCCAUGCGCUUACAGGAAGCCAUACGUAUGAAAACCGCCGCUAUGUCUUCAAGAGAUGGUCUUCCAUCCCGACUGGGAGUGAGGUCAUCCACCUACAGCUACGUCAGUGAGCAAAGCGCUCUGUCUCAGAGGUCACCUGAUGUAAAUGACAUGCACAAGUCCCCAGCCACUACAGCCAGCUUUAUCUUCUCCAGGAGCACAAAAAAGGUUGUCAUAGAGACUGCUGCUGCCUCCUGCCCUGAAGCUCAGGCAAGUCUAAAAGAAAGCUUGGCCGCUGAGCUUAUGCAGAUGUCUGACCAAUCAAAGGCCGUCGCCCUCUCCAACGGUGGGGUGAAAUCUGACAAAGUACCUCCACCUGUAGCAAAGAAACCAGCACAUGGCAGCCUCAGUCCUUCGCGGAAUGAUCCUGCUUGUUCAGCAAUGAUGGACGUCAGCGUCGGAGGAAACGGAGCCAUUGGAGUACGGAAUGCGAGUGGAGUAACAUACGCCGAGACAACAACUACAAGAGUGACAGCAGACACAAUUGAAACACUGUUUUGAGAGCACAUUGUGAAGAAGUGAAGACGGCUCACGCCAGAGGAACAAGGACAAAGGACAACCACCCCCCCCCCCCAAGCAGAAGCAGAAAUAAC